AAAAAAAAAAAAAAAAAAAAAGAAGGGGGGGGGGGUCAACAUGGCAAACAAAACCCAAAUCCGAAAUCCGCGCCGCCUCCUCAUUCUCUCCCCGGCCUCACAUUCCCUCUCCCUCAUCCCGUCCCUCCUCCACACAUUAACCGGCCAUCCCAUUGAAACCCCGCCAGUGACCCCAACCCAAACAUUCGCAGGGUACACGACGCAUCCGCCGCUCCGGAUCGAGAACAAGUACUACACAGCUGAGGUGCCGAUUUGGGUUGAUGAGAUUCCGUUGUCUUCUACGACUGGAGAUACGGGCCUGCAGUCGAAGGGAAAGAGCCUAGAAGAGGGAGAGAAAGCAGAAAAGGAGGAGAAUGAGAAUGAGAAGAAGAAUGGUGAAGACAAAGAAGCAGCAGCCACAGCCUCACAAUGGGAGAAAGAGUUCUCCAGUUCCGAGGCGCAGGUCGUUCGUGAUGCUAUCGGUGCCGUGAUCAUAUGUAUCCGUAAUCCGGAGGACUUGAGAGCACCAGUUCCUCUAGAUUCGGGCCCUGAAAUAAAACAAGCAGACGACCGCCAGGACGUCCGAGAGCUGAAGGGCUUUAUUCGCGCGAUUGGGAGCGUGCGGGCGUUGAUUGAGGAGGAACGUGGGCAGGUCGGUGAUGUGCCGGGGUUGCUUGUUUUGGGCGUUAGGGGGGAGAACAGCCAGAAGAGUUUGGAGAGUGAAUCGCGCGGGGUGGUGGAUGAAAAGGGGGGUGAUGGGUUUGCGGAAUUGAGUGGUGAGGAAGGCCUGGAUGAUCCGUUUUCCAUCGGGUGGUGGGAGGACCAGUUGUUUGAGAUGGGGUUGAUGGGGUUUGAGGUGGUGAGGUGGGAUUUUACGGACAAGGAGAAGGGGGAGGAGGAUAUGCGGAGAAAUCAGUAUGGGGAACUCCAAGGAAUGCGGCGGGUAAAGGAGGUCUUGGAGACGCAUGAGUGGACUGGCGACGACGGAGCGGAUACGAGUAUGCCCGAAGACGAUGAUCUGGAGCGGGAGCUGCUAGGCCUAGAUGAUGAGGAAGGGGAUGGGUUUGCUUUGGAAGUUAACGAGCUGGAGCGCGAGAUGGUGGGAUUGCGCAUGUCGAUUGAACGAGGAGGAGACAUGGAGGAUGACGAGGGAGACGAGGAGCUCCAAGUCGAUGCAGUCGAAGCGUUGAUGAUGCGCAUGCGAGCUAUCAAAGCUAACAGGACAGAUAUGAGUGACGAACUCCCAGCAAACGAGCGAAAACGAUUCGCAGCCAAAGCUGUACGGGAUAUCAUGGAGGAGAUCUAG